AUGAAGCGGAAAACUCCACCAGACGUCAUUGCAGAUGGAACCCAGUCUGAACGGAAAAAAGACAAAAGAAAAAGACUGAGCAUCAAAAGUAGUAGAAAGAAGAGGGCCAGUACGGGAAAUAUGGAGGAUAAGAGCGGUUCAGUCUCUUCUUUAGCUUCAAGUGUCAUGUCAUGUGAUUCCGUCAUGUCAGAUGACGAAAAGAGACGAGACAACAUUUUGGAUGUUACAGCGGUGUUCAGCCCACGAGCCGGCCCACCACCUGUCACACCAAGGACUAGCAGUUUGUCCCGAUCCACCACGUUUUACAAGAGACCGAUGCUGCCCCUGUCGCUGGUCCAGGUAUCGGAAGAAGACGCUGCAACCCCCACCAACUCCCCCCUACCUCCCCCGCCACCACACACUAAAGCUCUGGAUAGCCACACAGCAGCACUGCCCCUGCCGCCUCCUCUAGCUGGUAGAGGUUACACUGUAUCAGUAGCUCUCCCUGGCUCUAUCUGUGAUAACGCUCAAUCUCCACAACUUCGCUCUUAUCUAGCGGGUCAAAUAGCAAGAGCACUAGCUAUAUUCAACGUGGACGAGGUAGUGAUAUUUAACGAUAACCCUGGGGUUAAAGUAAAAGGGGGCGUAUUCGAGGGGGUCACUAAGAAAACUAAUGCAAACAUAGUCCUGGCUCGGAUACUACAGUACCUGGAGACCCCCCAAUACUUGAGAAAAGCCCUGUUUCCCCACCACCCCGACCUCAAGUUUGCGGGUCUCCUCAACCCGCUGGACUGUCCACACCAUAUGAGACGGGACGAGCAGUACCCCUUCAGGGAGGGAGUUGUGUUGAAGAGGCCCACAAAGAAGGGGAAGGGCUGCUUCGUGGACUGUGGUAUUGACAAGGAGGUACAGAUUGACAAGGAACUAACUCCUGGAAUGAGAGUCACAGUUAAAAUGGAUGAUUACGAAGGUAUAAAGCACUACAAAGGUACAGCAGUAUCACCGGACGCACCUCGACAGGAACUGGGUACCUACUGGGGCUACAGGGUUCGUGUAGCAGAUUCCUUCAGUGCUACCUUCACUGAGUGCAGCUACAAGGGGGGUUACGAUCUCACUGUGGGCACCUCUGAUAAAGGGGACCCAGUCGAUGACGUCAACAUUCGACAUUUCAGACAUGUUUUGGUAUUCCUGGGUGGAUUACAAGGUCUAGAACCAGCUAUUGAGUCUGAUGAGUCCCUUAAGGAAACAGACCCCAGAACUCUGUUCGACUACUAUCUCAAUACCUGUCCUAACCAGGGAAGUAGGACUAUCCGCACUGAGGAGGCAUUAAUGAUUACCCUGACCGGUUUGCGGAAACAGCUAUCAGACAACGGCAUGGACUGAAAGCUCAAAUAUUCAUUCAAAAUUGUGAUAUCUUAGAGAAUUCUAGAACGACUGUGAUCAGAAGCAAUGCAAGAUUUCUUGGGCUUUCGUCUUGCUUUGGAGCUCCAAAAGGGGAGUGGUGGGGGCAAAAAUCUAAAGUUGCUUACCCUAAUAUCUACCCUUAGUGGUCUGCUUUUUGGAUACCGCCGAGUUACUCACAGUUUAGGCAGGAGCGGGAUGUUCAGUAAUUUUUAAUGUUUUUAGUUUUUCCAUAAUCCUCAGUUUGGUAUAAUAACUUAUUUUAAACAGCAAGGAAUUAGGGUUUGUUUAUUUAUUUUUCUAAUAAAAUGGUGUUAUAGAUAAAUUGGUGUGGUUUACUAUAUUAGCUAGGUUUUUAAAAUAUAUCUUAUAACUUACUGUCGUUUAUUAAUAUAUUAUUAUUUUAAAUAUUUUAU